AUGGUUGAAAAUGCUUUAGUCACUCUCGUUUCAUCCUUUUUUAUUAUUGUAAUUCUCUACAUUUGUAUUCUUAGAACUAGUCAAUAUUUUAAUACUCCGCAUGUUUUACAUUUUGUUUCUAUCAUUAGUUCUAUCUCUCUACUGUUCGUAUGUGUUUACGUGAAAUUAAGCUCGUCAUUAUUUAUCCGCAGUAGUUUAGUAGCUUUUUCAUUGGGCGGAUUAGCUAGUUCAACCAGUUUCAAAUUUCUCGAAUUAGCAUUCGCUUACAAAUGGACAUACAUACGACAAAUGCCAUUGAAAUUAGUAGUUUUAUAUUUUCUUGCUCUUCCACGAAUGCCAGAAUCAGAAGCAAAAUUAAAAGACAUAUCGAAACAAAAUGUCCGCGGAGAAUGUUUUGGAAUGAUUUUACAAGGCAUUUAUAAAUUUAUUAUUUUUCAAACUAUCCUUUAUCUGAUACCUUCUGAAUGGCUUGCGACAUCUCCAUCACUAAUGUCGCCAAGAUCCUAUUUCAUUCGUUAUGGAUUAUUGGGAGCUAUUUUAUAUUUGUCUAUGGAUUCUGUAACUAGUAUAGGUUUUGGUUUUUAUAUGCUUCUAUUUAAUAUUCGUAUCAAUCCUGCUUUUCCUGCAUUUCCUUUCGUUUCUACGAGUCUUCGAGAAUUUUGGUCAAAGCGUUGGAAUAAUCUGGUAAAAACCUCACUACAACUUAUAUCUUUUAUUGUUAUUCCAAAACUAAUCGACCCAAUAAAACCCAUGAGUAAAACUAUAAAAAGUCUCUUUGCUUAUAUAUUAUCUGGUUGUUUACAUGAAUACCUAGUAUGGUUUGUCUCUGGUAAAUGGUCUGGUAAAAGCAUGAUUUUUUUCUCAAUACACGGUCUCUUAGUUUUAUUGGAAAUUAAAAUGAAAUUGCCAAUAAGAUCAAAUACUUUCCAAGGAAAACUUACUGGAUGGAUAUGGACUAUAGGAAUAAUGUUUAUUACUUUACCACUUUUCUUUGAUCCAUUUAUUGAAGCUGGACUUUUUUCAGCGAUGAAAUCAAACGUUAACUGA